GGAAGGAAAGCAAACCGAGAGAGCGGGAAGGAGGGAGGCGGAGAGCAGCAGCCGCCACCGCCGCGGCUCGGGGGCCCGCGAUGACCCACCAAGGGGCUGCUCUGCAGAGCUACAAUAACGAGUUGGUCAAAUGUAUUGAAGAUCUCUGUUUAAAAAGGGAUGAGCUGACCAAACAGAUACGGCUAGAGGAAGAGGAGAAGGUUAAGCUGCAGAAUGAAAUCCGCCUCUUGACAGAGAAGCUGGCUCGUAUUAAUGAGAAUCUGGCCCGCAAGAUGGCUUCCCGGAAUGAAUUUGAUAAAACCAUUGCUGAGACAGAAGCUGCUUAUAUGAAGAUCUUGGAAAGUUCACAGACACUACUAAAUGUCCUGAAAAAGGAAGCAGGGAGUCUCACCAAAGCCACAGAUAUGAAAAGCACUGGGACUAAAGAAAGCUGAACAGUAGUUUCGGUUGACCUGAAAUAGAUUUUUAAGAGGGAGCUCCUGGCUCAUAGGACACUUUACAGGCACUGCUUGGUUUAAAACAAUGUCUAAUAAAUCUUUCUUAUGUUUCAGUUAA